UCUCUGAUCUUCUUAAGACGAAAAAGAAAGGACAUGGCGCACAAAACGUCAAAUUUUAUGCGCGUCAGUCAGUCAUUGUAUUGUAAGCAAAGAAAAAGAAAGGAAGAAGGAGCUUUCGAAAGCGAUUUUAUCUGGUGAACUGUGAUGAGAUUUGUUUGAUUUUCCUUCAUAUAAAGAAAGAUGGCAUGUAUUGAGAGUAUACCACCUGGAAAUCAUGAGUCCGAAAUGGAGGAAGGAGAAAUAGUGGACGAGUUUGAAGACAUAUCAUCAGAUGAGGAGUUGCUUUUGCGACAAAGGUUGCAUAUUUUGGAGACUUACAACAAUGUCCUAGAAAAGAAAAAAGCCAAGGACGUCUCUACACCUGGAAAAAAAAUUAAAAUAGAUUCUUUGUCACAAGACUUGUCUGAUAUCUCUGCAUCAGAGUUAGAAGAUAAUCACACAUAUCAAAAUACAAAUGAUAAGAGUUUUAAAUCACACAAACGCAGGAGAAGAAAUGAUCUCUUAUCAUCUAGAAAUCCAGGUAAAAUUAAAGAAAAGAAAAAGGUACACCGAAGACCAGUAAAAGUUGUGAGUGAAUCCAGCGAAGAAUCUGAUGAUGAGUACAGAAACAAGAGAAGAAAAUUGGCAGAUGCUGUUUUAGUUCACAAAGACAAAAAUGAUACAUCUUCUUUAAGUGCCAGAUUGAAAAAAAUGCUUUGUGGUCCUAAAAUUAUUGAUCCACCCAAAGAUAAAGAGAUAGGUAAAAAAGUCAAAUUACCUGAAGCUGAAAAAAAUUUACCUAUUGCAUAUACUACGCCUAUAGGGUCACCUAUUUCUGAUGAAAGCUCAAAUAUUAGUAAUGACCUAAAUAACGCUUUAAAAGUAGAUUUAGAUAAGCCAUCCAAUGACUGUGAAUUAAUAGAUCUAUGUGAAGAUAGCAGUGUAAAUAAUUGCGGUGAAAAUAAUGAUAACAGCCAUGAACUAGUUGAUUCUGUUAAUAAAGGUGUACAGGGUGAUAAAAUAAAUCAGGAUUCUGAUGAAGAUUUAGAAUUACUGAGAAAAAAUGCAUUAGAAACAAAGUCUACCAAAAAUAAAGUUCCAGAAAAAGAAAUAACAAAUGAAAACGAAACUGAAUCAAAAAAAUUUAUGUUACAAGAAGAUGAUGACAAUUACACUGCAGAACUGAGAUUGAUUUGUCUUAAAUCUGCUUAUCUAAAGAAAGCCUUUGAAAUUAAACGAAGGCAAAAGUUAAAGAAAAGGCUUUCUCAAUCUUCCAUUUUACCAGAUGAUUUUACCAUUGAACGGGAUAUUAUAUCAAAUAAAGUUGAUUCGCAAAAUAACACUGACAUAGAAUCUGUAGAUAUGGAGAUAGGUUCUGAUGGAGAUGAUAAGUUUAAGGAAUGUGGAAAUGAUAAAAAUUGUGGUACAAUUGAAGAUGUUGCAAUGAACUUAGUUAAUAAUAAUAUUGCAAAAGCUAAAGAAGAUGAAAUUGAAGAAGAUGAAGACUUGCUUCGUGCCAAAUUGCUGACAUCUUUGAGUAAAAACUUACCUAACUUGAUGGAUACUAGUAUUUUAGAUGGAAUAGAAGAAAUAACUGCUCCUGAGCCUAUUACAGAGUACAAUAAAAAUGUUACUCAUAAUGAUAACCCUCAACAAAAUAUAAUUCCUGAAACAAAAAAGUUUAUAAUUCAGCUUGGAGAGUCAGAUUCAGAAGGAGAACACGAAGCUACAAAAAACUUAACAAAAAUGCAUAUGAAGCAUCAACACAAAGAUUUUCAACAACAGUUAGAUUUGUUUUUGAAGAAAACUAGAAAGAAAGUUGAAAACCAGGAAAUUACCAGUAUUUUAGAACCACCAUUGAAUCCUCCUGAGAAAUUUGUACCAAAGUCGGUGAAGCAUUUACCUAAGUCUGAACAAAUUGAAUACAGGAAUUUAGUAAAAAGAAUGGCAGAAUUGGAAAAGAUGAAGCAGGCUAGGCAGGCUGGUUUGAGUUUAGUGAAGUCUGCACAGAUAAAGGAUACUCUUAAACCUAGAAACGUCACUAUGCUUACUAAAAUAACAACAAACAGUAAUUCAGAUGAAAAAAUUGCGUUAUCCAGAAAAAAAAUUGCAGAAGAAUCAGCAAACAUGAUUCGGUUAAGAGAAGAGGCAACAAAAUUGUCUCAAAAAUAUAAAAUAGUUGCAACAGAAUUGAAAAAUAUCGCGACUGCUAUAGCUUUAAAUAAAAAACAACAAAAGUCAGCACAGGUGCGGUUAUCUAAAAUUAGGUCACAACAUCAAAUGCUGCUGAAAAGUUCUACAUAUACACAUUUCCAAACUAAUGGUUUCUUGCCAUCUUUAAAUCGUUCCACUAACAAAAGUAUAGCUACAAAUAAACUACAAAAAGAAAAUAACCCAAAGAAAGAAGAAAUUUUAAAUCCUCAAAUGUUAAAAUCGGUGAAAGUUAGUAUUGUGAAUGAUUUGAAUGAAGUCGCCGUUCCAAACCCAAAACUGUCGGUUCAGUUAGACGUAACAAAUAAUAAGAAAGUUGUCAAAGUUCCAAAGUGUCCAAUAGAACAUACCAAUGAAGGUUUAGUUGAUCAUGAAAUUGAAGGAAGAGAAAUUAAUAUUGAAGCUGACAUAACAGUGUGUAAUCACCAAGAUUUAGACAAAGAGGAUGGCAAAAGACAUCACGAAACAUUAAAUAGCGUGGACAGAUUGAGGACCAAUGAUGUGGAUGACUAUAAAUCCCCCCUUCAAGCAUUAGAAACGGCAAAGUGUAUUCAUAGAAAAACAAGGAAAUGUGCAUGUUUUCAUUAUUCAUUACGUCACUCUCCAUGACACGUGGAUGGGAAUGCGUACGCACAUCGUUCUGCUGUGCGAUCUGGGAGGCGGACCCCAACGCAUUCCUCUGCCCAUUCGAAGUCGGGGGCAACUGCAAGGACCCCGACUGCAAAUACCUCCAUCCAAAGACCCCCUCAGUGCAAUGACACACAACAUAAACACUACACAAUCAUACACAUACACAACACCUACAAAUCGACAAAGACUCCUAAACUUUACCAUCCCACCACUUCCUCCCUGUAAACCGCGAGUGGAUCCACAGCGUUAUGUAAUGUAUAUCAUACAUCUUUUUAUUUUCUACUCAUAAAUACAUUGUUAAAUUUGUUUGCAUAACAUGUUUGUUCGAAACCGAUUUUAUGAUGGUGAUUACUUAUCAAUGUAGUAUAGUAGGAUAUACUUAUGUUAAGCGAACGAUAAAUAUGGGUUGGUAUGUUCAGCCAGUCAAGUUUACUUUAUUUUUAUUAUUACAUUGAUUGUUUUACACACAAUUAAAAAUAAUAUCUAUUUGCAAUCUAUCACGGCUGAUUUUAGUGAAUCAUUAAUGUCACUGUUCUUUAGUUUCCAUAUAGAUAUAUUUUAAUGAUUUUGUAUACAUCUUAGUGUACUUACUGAAACUUGCACUGAAACUAUUUUUUGUUUAAUUUAUCACAGUAUUUUUUUUGCACAAUUUUUUUGUUAAUAUAUGAGGUGAUUUGAUUUCUAAUAAAGAAAAUUAAGCAUGAGAAGUUACAUCAAAAUAAUCUUAAAAACCUGAAAUAUUCAAAUAAAAUAUACUUAAAUCACCUUAUGUAAGAACUUUGCCAGCCAGUUUCAAAUAACAAGUUUUUUUAGGAUUUUGAAGGUAGUUUAAUAGUCUUUUGCUUUUGCGAUUUUAACUCGUAUGUGCAAUUUUAGUUGGCGCUGGUCGUGUCGUGUUGUGUCACCGCAGUCUUCGGCAGUGGUAAGUUGCGACUAAAGUUAUUAGUGAGUUAGUAGUGUUAUAUACAUGUGAUGACAACGAAGUACACCGGGAAUGCAGCUCAACUGUGUGGUACGAAAACAUACUUUAAGACAAUAUAUAUACGGUUUAUAUUAAAAAUAUUGUAUACUAUGUAAAAAGUUAUGAUUAGAUGAAAAUAAAUGAUGAAUGAAUAAUUGUAAAA